CUCCAAAAUUUGGCUUUAAUUUGGGCCCCAUUCUUAAACUUUAAGUUGCAAGACCCGUCCGUAAACUUUUUUAACACCUCUUUCCGCAAAGCAGCGACUUGUAAAGAUGAGUUCUGCGACUGCCGAAUUUCAGGUCCAUGCUUCGGGGACGGCCCCCAAGCAGGUCGAUUACAUCCCUCAUCUCAAACUGAAUGACGGGAACGAGAUCCCCAUGCUCGGCUAUGGCCUCGGAACAGCCAGAUUCAAGCGCGGCAACUCGGACAAGCUUGACGAGAACAUCAUCAAUGCCGCCUUGACCGCCAUCAAGAACGGCUACUACCACUUGGACGGUGCCGAGGGAUACGGCAAUGAGGCCGAGCUCGGCGAGGCAAUCGCCCGCUCGGGCGUCGACCGCUCCAAGCUCUUCGUGACCACCAAGUCCUCGUGCCGCCCCGGCGAGUCCAUCGAGACCGCCUUCUCCCGCUCGCUCGCCAAGCUCGGUCUCGACUACGUCGACCUGUACCUGAUCCACAGCCCCUUCUGGGCCAAGUCGCCCGCCGAGCUCCAGGAGAGGUGGGCAGAGAUGGAGGCCCUCAAGGACUCGGGCCGCGCCCGCUCCAUCGGCGUGUCCAACUACCUGCCCGAGCACCUCGAGGCCACCCUGCAGACCGCCCGCUACCCGCCCGCCGUCAACCAGAUCGAAUACCACCCGUACCUGCAGCACGAGGACGGCGACCUGCUCGGCUACCUGCGCGAUAAGGGUAUCGCCAUCGUCGCCUACUCGCCCCUGACCGCCAUCACAAGGGCCCCCGGCGGCCCCGUCGACGCCGUCUACGACCGGCUCGCCCGCAAGUACGGCGUCACCCCCGGCGAGAUCGGCCUGCGCUGGUGCCUCGACCAGGGCAUCGUCACCCUCACCACGAGCGCCAAGGAGGAGCGGCUCAAGGACUGGAAGCAGCGCUUGCCCCUCUUCAAGCUGACCCCCAAAGAGGUUGAGGAGAUCGCGGAUCGCGGCAAGGAAGGGCAUUACAGAGCGUUUUGGACCAAGCAUUUUAAGGAAGGCGAUAGACGGUGA